AUAAAACCCUAUUUACGAAUUACAAACCCAGUAAAGGGGGAGAACCGACACCGCCUCCGCUAAGUGUAGACAUCGAUACCGGCAAGUUUGGAACUGACAAUAACAUUCAAUUGAGCUGGUUUUUUCUUCCCUUCCCUCUGCAAAACCCUAGCGUUACCCGCUACUUCAAAAGAUACCCUAAUUGGAUCGAGUUGACUCAGUUCGAGUUUCCAUAGAUGGACUCGCACUUAACGGCGCCGAACCGCUCUCGUAGCUCCCAGACCCCAUCCCCAUCUCACUCUGCCUCAGCCUCUGCUACUUCCUCCCUCCACAAGCGCAAACUCGCCGCAGCCGCGUCCGAGGACCACGCGCCUCCUUCCUCGUUUCCUCCGUCAUCCUUCUCCGCCGACACUCGCGACGGCGCUUUGACAUCCAAUGACGACCUCGAGAGUAUUUCUGCACGGGGCGCCGACUCCGAUUCUGAUGCUGACGACUCAGAGGACGCCGUCGUAGACGACGACGAGGACGACUUCGACCACGACAACGAUUCCUCCAUCCGCACUUUCACGACAGCUCGCCUAGAGUCUGGCGGGGGCGGCUCUGGUUCGGGUCGGAACACGAAGCUCAAGACCGAGAAUUCCACUGUCAAGCUAGAGAGUGCCGAUGGAGGAAAAGACGGUGCAGCCCCUGGUCCAGGACCAGUUGGGCCCACGGGUGCUGCCGCAGCAGGUGGGAGCUCAAUAGCUGGGAUUUCAACCAAGGAAGACGUUAAGAUAUUUACUGAGAAUAUACAGACUAGUGGAGCUUAUAGUGCUAGAGAAGAGAGCUUGAAAAGAGAGGAGGAAGCGGGAAGGCUUAAGUUUGUUUGCUAUUCAAACGACGGUGUUGAUGAGCAUAUGGUUUGGUUGAUUGGGUUGAAGAACAUAUUUGGAAGACAACUACCCAACAUGCCUAAGGAGUAUAUUGUUCGCCUUGUUAUGGACAGAAGCCAUAAAUCUGUGAUGGUUAUCAGACGUAAUCAGGUUGUUGGUGGCAUCACAUAUCGUCCAUAUGUCAGCCAAAAGUUCGGGGAAAUAGCUUUCUGUGCAAUCACAGCAGAUGAACAAGUAAAAGGUUAUGGCACAAGACUGAUGAAUCAUUUAAAACAGCAUGCACGUGAUGUUGAUGGACUAACACAUUUUCUGACAUAUGCUGACAAUAAUGCUGUUGGUUAUUUUAUCAAACAGGGUUUUACCAAAGAGAUACACUUGGAGAGGGAUCGAUGGCAAGGGUAUAUUAAAGACUAUGAUGGAGGUAUCCUUAUGGAAUGUAAAAUUGAUCCAAAGCUUCCAUAUACUGAUUUAUCAACUAUGAUUCGACGCCAGAGGCAGGCAAUUGAUGAAAAGAUUAGAGAGCUCUCAAACUGUCAAAUAGUUUAUCCCGGAAUUGAUUUUCAGAAGAAAGAAGCUGGUAUUCCUAAAAAAGUCGUCAAAGUUGAGGAUAUCCCUGGCUUGAAGGAAGCUGGUUGGACUCCUGAUCAAUGGGGUCAUACUCGAUUUAGAGCCUUAAUUGUUUCUGCAGACAACGCGACAAAUCAGAAACAUUUAACUGGUUUCAUGCGCUCACUUUUGAAGUCAAUGCAUGACCAUGUUGAUGCUUGGCCAUUCAAGGAACCAGUUGAUGCCCGUGAUGUCCCUGAUUAUUAUGACAUUAUCAAAGAUCCCAUGGAUCUGAAGACUAUGUCAAAAAGAGUUGAAUCAGAGCAAUAUUAUGUAACACUUGAGAUGUUCGUAGCUGAUGUCAAGAGGAUGUUUGCCAAUGCACGCACGUAUAACUCUCCUGAUACCAUAUACUAUAAAUGUGCAACCAGAUUGGAAACGCAUUUCCAGAGCAAAGUUCAAUCAGGUCUUCAAUCUAACACCAAAAUUCAGUAGGGUCUUCAAUCAGGUCUUAUGAUCCCAGAAGAUCAGAUUUCAGCGAUUCCAGCUGUCCCAUUUCAACAAUAUGUAACAGUAGUCUUCAUAUACUGUCUAUAAUGUGCAGAUUUUUCUCUGGGGCAAAUCUCGAUAUGUCCACCUUGUAAUGUGAUGUAUGUAAUGUAUGGAUGAAUAAUUUAUUGAUGACAAAUAGGAUGGAUUGAACUUUCUUAAACAAUAGCUCAUGGUAAUUUUAAUUCUUUAAUUUAUGUCA